AUGGCACAAUCGGCUGAUUCGACUUGUUUGUGUGAAAUCUGCAUUGGCGGACCGGGUGAUUAUUACUGUCAGCAGUGUGAUCAGUUAUUUUGCGGAAAUUGUAAGUCAUCACAUUUACGAACAAAGAUAAGUAAAAAGCAUACGUUUUUUAGUGGAAAAAAUAUCAACAAGGAAGAAAAACGGCUUUGUAUAGAACACGAAGAACGUUUCUCAUUCUACUGUCAUGAUUGUGAAACUCCUGUCUGUAGCUCGUGUUCCGUACAUACACAUCAAGGUCAUUUGUUGACCGACCUUACUAAAUCUGCUGUAAAACUAAAACUUGAAUUGGUCAAGAUCAUUGAAUCAACGAUAACAACAUCCACUUCAUGCAUAGGCAAAAUUGAGGAAGACACAAAAACUUACCAUCAGAAAACCAAAACAGUCAACAAAACCAUUACUGAGGAAGGGAAUUACUAUAAGGAAUUGAUUGAUAAAAAAGUACAUAGUUUUGUUAAGCUAGUACAAGAUGAGACACAGAAAGCAUUAGGAAGUAUGUCUACAGCUACUAAAGUGUACCUUGAUAUUUUAGAAAACUGUCAACAAUGGCAAAAGAACAUUACAGAAAUGGAAACAAAGUCAGAUGUACUAUUGGUUAAGAAGUUGAAACACCUCAAAACUGAUGUUGACCAGACAGUGUUAAAGCAGUCGCUUGAUACGCCUAGACCUUCGGUGUCAUACACUAACAAAAAGCUUUCAGACACAGACAUAGACAACUUAUUCGGAGAUUUAACAUUUCAGUAA